AUGGACAACACUUGUAGGUCUGAUGAGGACAAUGAUACUCACAUUGGAUUUGAAUGUGAAACAGACUCUGAAGCAUGGGGUGGACGUAUUCACGCCACAGCUAGAAAAGAUUUGGUGGCAAAGUUCAGGUCCAUGGUUCAAGAAGGGGGUACAUAUCAGCUUGAAAAUGCAAUUGUAGAUUUUAAUGAAAGUCCUUAUAAGGUAACUUCACACAAACAUAAGCUUAGUAUGAUGCACAAUUCAACUUUUACCAAAGUACACUUGCCUGCUAUCCCUAUGAACGUUUUUGAGUUCAAGCCAUUCAAUGAAAUUCUCUCUUCAACUGUCGAGGAAGUAUCUACGGAUGUUAUUGGUCAUGUAAUUGAAAGAGGUGAUAUAAGGGAAACUGAAAAGGACAGAAGGAAAAGCAGGGUUAUUGAUCUCACUUUAGAAGAUCUUGAAAACAACCGCUUGCAUUGCUCUCUUUGGGGUGAACAUGGCGACAAAAUUGUGACCUUUUUUGGCAACCAUGACAACGACACACCUACUAUAUUGAUAUUGCAGUUUUGCAAGACACGCGUGUAUUUAGGUGCUAUGGGAGUUGUUAAUGCCUUUAAUGGGACUAAGCUGAUACUUAAUGGCGAUUUGCCUGAUGUCGCUGCGUACAUGACACGGUAA